AUGUCUCUGCAGAAGUCUCUAGUUAGAGCAAUUGCUAAUCAAGAGAAUUUUGAUUUUCUAUCGUCAUGCCAGGUUAUGAAAAUCAUGCCUCUGAGGCACCUGUACGUCUUCAAGCGAUGUUCCAACGAGCGGUUGGGAUCGGAUACGCCACUUCGUCUGCCGAAGACUUCAAAAUUAUUGGAAAAUACUGCAAGCAGUCAGAACCUUCAAAAUGACAGAGAGAGAGAGGUGGAGAAGAUUUCGCAGCGCCUGGCUGAGCAAUUCGUCACGGAGACUGAGACAAGAUUCGGAAAGAGCUCCUACUAUCCUGACUGUUAUGUGGGCGGUUACCGCCUACCUUCCUCCAGUAACAGAGAGAGACAAAGCUGCUCUUUUGAGCAAAGAGAGAGAGAAAAUGAGUGUCCAGAAAACGCGAUUUAUGCCGGAAGGGGUUAUGACGUCGAUUAUUAUGGGGGGUACACAGGAGGUUAUGGCGAGAAUUAUGAGGACGCUGAAGAGGAGGAGAAGGGAAAACCAAUCAUGCCGAGAUGGUAUCGGGAGACAGAGGAGGGAGUGAGUGAGGGGAUGGAGAGAGGAGAAGGUAUGCGUAAUCCGGGACUAAAUACAGUACAUAGCUCAGGUCAGGAACUAGAAAAAGAACGUAACCCGGCGCAAGCUAGACUGUUAAGGUUGAAGGAGGCAUACGAGGCGGAAUCCCUGAAGAAAAACGCGGCGUUUUCCGGGACACUAGAGAAGGAAAACUUGGGAAAUCCACAACCAGCAACAAGUGAGAGAGGCGUGAAAUCUUCUUCUUCGGCUUCUUCUUCAGUUCCAGUGAGAGAGUACAUGACCGAAAUUGAUGAUGAAGGAUUUUUGGAGCUGCUGGUCUCCAAGGGUCGAGGGCGCGGCCGAGGAAUUAUUACAGGUUAAGGUUCACGGACUGGAUUAAGGGUGCGGCCAUACGAGGCGUUUUCUCGAUCGACACAUCAGGAUAGAAAGUAUUACAGGUUAAGGUUCAUGGACUCGAUUAAGGGUGCGGCCAUAAGAGGCGUUUUCUCGGUCGACACAUCAGGAUAGAAAGUAUUACAGGUUAAGGUUCACGGACUGGAUUAAGGGUGCGGCCAUAAGAGGCGUUUUCUCGGUCGACACAUCAGGAUAGAAAGUAUUACAGGUUAAGGUUCACGGACUGGAUUGAGAGUGCUGCCAUACGAGGUGUUUUCUCGGUCGACACAUCAGGAUAGAAAGUAUUACAGGUUAAGGUUCACGGACUGGAUUGAGAGUGCUGCCAUACGAGGCGUUUUCUCGGUCGGCACAACAGGAUAGGAAGUAUUACAGGUUAAGGUUCACGUACUGGAUUGAGGGUGCUGCCAUACGAGGCGUUUUUUCGGUCGGCACAACAGGAUAGGAAGCUCUGCGAUUGGCUGAUCACAGAUAAUAAUAAUUUUUAUUAAUGGAGACGACAACAGGCAGGAAACCAUUUUGCCUGCUUCACACAGUACAAUAUUUUCAAGAUAUACAAUUUGAACUACAAGAAGAUAAAAAAAUGAAAGAACUAUACAAUUAAUAUGAAAUAAUACAAAUGAUCACUGAAAAAAUCGUAAACAAUAAUAAUUGAUUAUCAGAAUAAUAAUUUAACAAAAUAGAAUAAAUAUUAAUAAUAGAUAAGAAAAAAGAGAGAAAAAAGAAGAAAGAUAAUUAAUUAUUAAGGAAAUAAAUCUUUUUUUUGUCGGCACAACAGAUAGGUCGGUACCUUUGCGAUUGACUGAUCACAUAUAAUGAAUAAAUAAUAAUCAAAUAAACCAUUGGUUGAUUUAGCUACAAUCGGAGAGCUUCUCGUCCUAUUGACUGAGAAAAUGCCUCGUAUGGCUUGGCCCUAAUGGCGCGGUCACACAGAGUGAUCUGCGAUCCUAUUGGUUUCUAUAUCUUAAUCUAAUUGCAAUAAUGAGCAAAACCGUGCUUAUUUUUCAUAUGUAUAAAUGAUAUAUUUUUCUAAAUCGCGUAAGGUCUAUCUUAGAUAUAGAUAAACCUGUAAGAGAGCGAUCUUUAUGUAUAGAAACCAAUAGGAGAGCGAUCUUUAUUUAUAUAGAUAUCUUAUUUAAUGAUAUAUUUUUCUAAAUCGCGUAAGGUCUAUCUUCGAUAUAGAUAUAGAAACCUGUAGGAGAGCGAUCUCUAUGUAUAGAAACCUAUAGGAGAGUGAUAUCUAUUGAAAUCUAUCUUUAUCAAUGGCAAUACCAUACUUGCUUUUCUCAUAUAAUUGAAUGUUAUCUUCAUCUAUGAUAUAGAUACAAAAACAUAUAGGAGAGUGAUCUAUAUUCAUACAAUUUAGAGAAAAUAGUUUUCUCUACAGGAAUACACUGAGUGUGCUAUAGGUUUCUAUAUCGACUGUAAAUCUUAGGUUUAUUAAAGCCAUAGUAGAGUGAUCUAUAAAGUAUAGAAACCUGUAAGAGAGUGCUAUUGGUUGAACACAGACUGAUAUUCGAUCCUAAUAUCUAUAAUCUAAAUCGCAUACCUCAGUCGGUAUAUCUGCAUACCUUAGACUGUACAUAGAAACCUAUUGUAGAGCGAUCUCUAUGUGAAGAAACCCACGAUUCAUAUGCAUAGAUAACCUGCUAUAGGAUAAAAUUCAUAUGUAUAGAUAACCUGCUAUAGGAUCAUAGAGUGAUCUCCGAUCCUUUAGGUUUCUAAUCUAUUUCGCAUUAGUAUCUUAGAUACUAAUAUCAUAGAGAAACAAUAGCAUAAGUUGAUUCUAUAAUAAGUUACGCUAUUGUUUCUCUAUGCUAAUAUACUCAGUGUGACCGGGCCCCAAAAUUAUUUCGGACUGGUGUAAUUUUGUUUUAUGUAUUGAUAAUGUAAGAAAAACUAUCGAUUUCAGGAAUAGAUUUGAGAUCUUAUGAAUUUAUAUUCCAUACUUUGAUGUGCGGAAAUUUAGUUUAGGUUUUUUCAGGAAUCCUAUUUGGAUUUACGAAGAUUUAUUUUAGGUUUUAGUCUACGGCUGUUUAAAAGUGAUGUAUUUUGUGUAAUUUUGAAGUAAGUCCUUCUAACAUGUAUUUGAUGCUCAAUGUUUUCAGGACUUUACUUUAGUGAUUUCAGAAUUAUGUAUUUUAUCAAGUGUGUAUGGAAAUCAAGGCUUAUCAAGGCUCAUGAGCAGCUUUCUUUGGAUGUGAAUUUUGUAUUUAAGGUUACAGGACUUGACUGUGUCUGUUCAGAAAUGUAUUGAUUUACUGCAAAUGUUUGUAAAUACAAAUAUGUAUUUUUGUAGUAUUAGUUUUUUUAGCACUCGUAUAAGAAAAUAAUAAGCUUUUGUACACGAUUUGAAAGUUGUUAUCUGCCGCUUUUAACCAAGUGACACAAACAUUUGUUACAAAUUUUGGUGAAAUAACUGUUGCUGUAAACCCCAAAGUUUUCUUUAAAUUGAUAUAACUUUGUAAUUUCAUGUAUUCAUUGGUUCAAUCAUGUUCAACUCAUUGAAAUUUAAAUUGCAUCAUAGUUAUGCAUAUCUUGACCAAGCGACAUACUAGAGAAAAAGUGGCAAAUUCAUAUAUUUAACACAAGUUUAAUAUCCAACUUGAGGGGUUGCAAAAUCUGUUCAUAUUCAAUAAUUUAUAGAACAGUCAUGAAAGGCGAAAUUUAGUCAUUAAAUUUAAAUAUUUCAAAGUCAUUGAAAUGGGCACAAAGUCAGGUUAUCUGCCAAUGCACCAUGUUUCACUAAUAAUUCUUGUCUUCAACCAAAUUCGGUUCUGUUUUUUUUAAAUUGUUGAUACAAAAAUUCAAUCAUUGUCCAAAUUAAUAGUUUGAAAGUUUAACAAUAUUCUCCUAAUUCACUGUAGUAAAAUACAUUUUGCACCAAAAUUAUUGUAAUGUUUGAAAAUAGUUGUUACCAAAGACACAGUUUUCUGUAGUUUAACAGGACAAAUUUGAAAUUUUUUACAAUGAUUUUAAUCGUAAAUUAUGUCGAACUAUAACACUACUGUACAAAAUAAUUUCAGAAUAUACCACUAUUUCAAAUUGCGUUCAAUUGAGUAGUACAUCUAAGUCUAGUUAGUUUUGUUGACUUGAGGCAUGAUAUAUUGUUGAAAUAAUGACAAAUUCCACUUGAUGAAUGUUACUGUGCUGUAAGGUAGGCUAAAUACAGUAACUGGUGCUCUAUUCAAAGUUUAAUUGAUACUGAUUGAUUGAUUUGUUGCCUUUAUUUGAAAGCAAUGAGGGCGAAG